ACGCGGGUUGAGCAGAGCAGUAUUCAGCUUUUUUCUUCAAGCCUGAACGCAAAAACAAGAGCAGCCAUGGUUGAGUGGACUGAGCAGGAGCGCAGCAUCAUCACCGGCAUCUUUGCCAACCUCAGCUACGAGGAGAUCGGACCCAAGGCUCUGGUCAGGUGUCUGAUCGUCUACCCCUGGACUCAGAGGUAUUUCAGCUCCUUCGGUAACCUCUACAACGCCGAGGCCAUCAGGGGCAACCCCAACGUGGCAGCUCACGGCAUCAAGGUGCUCCACGGUCUGGACCGGGCUGUGAAGAACAUGGACAACAUCAAGGCCACCUAUGCCGAGCUGAGCGUCCUGCACUCCGAGAAGCUGCACGUCGACCCCGACAACUUCAGGGUAAGUUCUGCGGGAUUACAACAAAUGCACAGCGCACACCUGAAGGCCGAUCGGUUGGUGUCACGUCGUCUGACGUUUCCCCUGUUCCUCCACCAGCUGCUGGCUGACUGUCUGACCAUUGAAAUCGCCGCCAAACUGGGCACCGCCUUCACCGCAGACACGCAGGCCGCUUUCCAGAAGUUCCUGGCUGUGGUGGUGUCCGCCCUGGGAAGGCAGUACCACUAAACCCAGCACCUGGACACGUUAAGGAGACCCGAUGUCUGUCCACACGUCAUAUGUGUCUCUUCCAUAAAGAAAUAAAAGACAAUAGGCAAUAAUGA